AUGAUUGCACCGGGGGAUCGGGGACGGGGCGGGCGGGCCCGGAAAGUUUGUCCUCGGCUCGGUGAACAAAACAAAUCCCGAUUAAAAUCGGUAUUCGAGGCAGCGGAGGCGCGGCGAUCCCUGCUCGCUUGCUAUGGAAUUGUCCAGGUUCCCACCGGCCCCUGGUUCUGCCGGAAAUGCGAAUCCCAGGAAAGAGCCGCCCGGGUGAGGUGCGAGCUGUGUCCCCACAAGGACGGAGCCCUGAAGCGCACAGACAACGGGGGCUGGGCCCACGUGGUGUGUGCCCUGUACAUCCCCGAGGUGCAGUUUGCCAACGUGCUCACCAUGGAGCCCAUCGUGCUCCAGUACGUCCCCCACGACCGCUUCAACAAGACCUGCUACAUCUGCGAGGAGCAAGGCCGGGAGAGCAAGGCGGCCUCCGGGGCCUGCAUGGCCUGCAACCGCCACGGCUGCCGCCAGGCCUUCCACGUCACCUGUGCGCAGAUGGCCGGGCUCCUGUGUGAGGAGGAGGUGCUGGAGGUCGACAACGUCAAAUACUGCGGCUACUGCAAAUACCACUUCAACAAAAUGAAGACCUCGCGCCAUUCCGGGAGCAGCUCCUUCCUCCCGGGCAGGAGGAGCCGCUCGGCGUCCCCGGCCCAGGAAAAGCACCUGUCCCACCACGAGCGGCCAAAAAAGAGCCGCAAGGACAAGGAGAGGCCGAAGCAGAAGCACAAAAAGCGUCCGGAGUCCCCCAGCAGCCUCCCCCCAGCACCCGUGGCCGUGGCUGCCGAGAAGGGCUCCGGUGGCCACCACGAGGCCACCAAGGAGAGCUCGGAGGUGGCCAGGGCAGAGGCCAAGGGCAGGAAAUCCUCGAGCCACGGCAGCAGCCACAAGGGGAAGAAGACGGGAAGCGGGAAAAGCUCCGGAGGCUUCGGAUCGGCCCCGCCCGGAGGAACCUUCCAGGCGGCCGGCUCCUCCUGCGGCCUGCCCGGCUCCCAGGACUUUGCGCCCUUCCCCAAGCUGGAGCAGGAGGACGAGAAGUUCCGCAAGGCCGCCAGCUCCAGCUCCAGCUCGCACUGCUCGCCGCUCUCCGAGGGCCCCAAGGCCGACGUCUUCGAGCAGAAGGUCAUCUUCUCCGGCUUCGGCUCCAUCAUGCGCUUCUCCACCUCGGCCGUGGGCCAGCCGCGAGCCCGCGACGCCUCCCCCGUGGACUACAAAGCCACUGGCAGCCUUGGUGGCCCUUCAGGUGGCAGCGCGGGUGGCACCGCUGGCGCCAGCGGGAGCGGCCACAAGCGGAUGCCGUCGCUGGGCGCCGAGGAGGGAGAGGUGCUCAAGGAGAAGAAACACAAGGGCAGCAAGAAGAACAAGCACGGCCCUGGCAGGCCCAAGGCGGGAAAAGGCAAAGAGAUUUUGGGGGCCCAGCUGGCUGGGUCCACCUCCACCUCCUCCUCUCCCUUCUCCGGGGGAUCCCUCGUCAGCUCCAGUGUUGGGAAUUCUUCCCGGAGCUUCAGCCACCCUGGGAGUCUGCCCAGCCUCAGCAUGGAGUCGCCGCUGCUGGGCUCAGGGAUCUACACGAGCAACAAGGACCCGAUCCCGCUGGGCGCGGCGCUGCGGGCGGUCUGCAGCACGCCGCUGCCCUCGGGGCUGCUCCCGCACCAGGGCGGCGCCGCCCUGCCGCAGCUCAGCCGCUCGCCCUUCGCCAGCUCCAUCCCCGCCUCCUCCUCCUCCGCCGGCUCCACCACGCAGGUGUUUUCCCUGGCAGGUUCCACCUUCAGCCUCCCUUCCUCGCACAUUUUUGGGAGCCCGCUGACGUCCGGGCUGUCCCUGAACCCCCUCCUGAGCCAGCCGGAGAGCAGCCGGGCAGAGCCCGACCUGGAGGAUUGCGGCUUCGGCUGCCGAGGGACGUCCCCGCAGGAGAGCCUGUCCUCCAUGUCCCCCAUCAGCAGCCUGCCAACCCUCUUCGACCAGACCGUGUCAUGCAGCAGCAGCGGGCAGCUGGACAAUGUCCCGCAGGCCACCCCCAACAUCGAGCAGCUCCUGGAGAAGCAGGGCAACGGCGAGGCCGGGGUGAACAUUGUGGAGAUGCUGAAGGCGCUGCACUCGCUGCAGAAGGAGAACCAGCGGCUGCAGGAGCAGAUCAUGACGCUGACGGCCAAGAAGGAGCGGCUGCAGCUGCUCAAUGUCCAGCUGUCCGUCCCCUUCCCCGUGGUCACCAGCAGCAACGGCCCGGGCAGCCAGGCCCAGUACAUCCUGCCCGCCAACGUCUGCACCGGUGACUCCCUGAGCAUCAGCAAGAGUCCCCCGUGCAAGAACAGCUUCGGCAUCGAGAACUCGCUCUCCACAUCCUCCGAGGACCCUCACUCGGGCUGUCCCAGCAGGAGCAGCUCCUCCCUGUCCUUCCACAGCACGCCCCCGCCCCUGCCCAUGCUGCAGCCCAGCCCCGCCUCGCUGCCCCUGCCCGGGGCGCAGCAGGUGAACGGCCUGGCCAGGGUGGCAGGCGGGGGGCUGGCCGCAGCCUCGGGGGCCAGCCACGGCCUCUCGGCGGUGCCCAUGGUGGACGGCCUGCUGGGCAACCUGGCCGGAGCCCAGCAGAUGCCCCUCAACGGGAUCCUGGGGAGCCUGAACGGAGCGCAGCCCGCCCAGCCUCCCGGUGCGCCCCCGGCCCUGCAGCUCUCCACCAGCCUGAGCAGCCUGAGUCCCCUGACAGAGCAGCAGCGGCACGUCCUGCAGCAGCACGAGCAGCAGCUGCAGCAGCUGCAGCAGCUCCUGACUUCCCAGCCACUUAACCCGGAGCAGCAGGCGCUGGUGUUCCAGAUGAUGCAGCAGAUCCAGCAGAAGCGGGAGCUGCAGCGGCUGCAGAUGUCGGGCUCGUCCCAGCUGUCCCUGCUGGCCGCCACCUCGGCCCCGCUGCACCCCAGCCCCAGCGCGCUGCUGACCUCGGCCGCGCCCAGCGGGGGCUCCCUGCUGGCCUCGCUGUCCCCGCAGCAGCUGAACCCCGGCGGGGCCCUGCUGGCCCCCCAGGCCACCCCCCCGCUGGGCUCGGGGCCGGCCAUGGCCCCCAACCCCUUCCUGAGCCUGCAGCCCGACGGCAGCACCCCAAAGGGAACGCCCCUGGGUGACAAGGGCGCUCCCCUGGCGCAGGACAAGGGCUAGGAGCCCCGCGGCCCUGAGCCCGCAGCCAACCCUCUCCCGGGGACCGCGGCUUCCCCGCGGCACCGGCGGAGCCCGGCGCUCCCAAGGAGCGGC